ACCAUCCAUCCCAAAAGUUGGUAAUAUUAUUAAACAUUUGUAUUCUUGAUUAUCCUCGACACUUGAUUAAUUCGUUAGUCACCAUAUUGCUUUUUUACACAGCUGCAUUCACUUGCCGCUCACUUCAGAUGAGCAACAGUAAAUAGUAUAUAUGCAUAUACUAAACUAUACUUAUACAUAUACAUAGAUUCAACAAUUCAACCGUAUACCGCCGUCAGUUGAGAAAUAGUUAAAUACUAAAACUCAGAUCCUUAAGUUUCACUUACGAGAUUUAAGGAAUUUCUUUUUCAUUAUUCCUCAACCACCUAAAAGACUGGCCUGUCGCACGAGCCACGUGUCCCGUGAGAGUUGACCAUGUACGAUGUAUACAAAAGAUUAACCAUGAUGUGUUCAAUAUAUAAAUAAUAAUAAUUUAUGACAGAUUUCUUAAAUAUUAAAUAUACUGCUGUAUUUUCUUCGAAGGACUUAAUGAGACAAGAACGAGCAAUGUGUUUUAAAGUACCUACGUAUGUAGCUCGAUCUUGAUGUCAUUGUAUUUUAAUAAUUAACAGAAGAAUUUUAUCACUUAAUUAAACGAUGACGGAAAUAGAUCUCAAGGAACCCAAUGAGCUUAAUACGGAGUCCGUUGAGGACAUUGUCUCGGAUUCUUGUAAAAAUUGUGGAGACGUGUGUGAUCCUUAUAACAAACCAGCACUAUGCUGUAUCGAAUGUUCAGUAAAAAUUCAUAUCGAUUGUUUAAAACGAGGCAGCGUCCCAGUAUCAUUCGUAGGGGACGUAUUCUUCGAUUUAACUUGUCCCCAGUGCAGUCCCUUUGACGAUGAAAUAGUAACGCGAAAUAGGAUGCCUUGGCUCAACGUAAUCGUAUUGACAUUAUAUAAUUUACGUGAGAAGUCAAGUGGUAUCAGUAAAAAGGGAUACUUUCAUUGGAAGUCUGAUAUCAGUGCAUUCGUCGAGCGUAACUGGGAUUAUUUAUUCAAGAAAACAGUUAAAAGAAAGAAGAAUUGGAUUGGUACGAUAUCUGGGACUCUUUCACAUUAUAGUGGAAUCUUUUUUAAAUCAGGAACCACGGAAUUAGAGGAAUCUGGAUGGUGGAGGCUGAUAGACAAUGAUCCACCUGAAGUUCUUAUUGCUAAAAAUGAAAGAAUGAUAUUGGAUCGCAAGAAGCAAAUUGGUAGUCAGGCAAAAGUAGGAGCAAAUAAAUCACAGAGUAGCCCAAAUCGAUCUGAGUCAAGUAUUUCUGUCGGGGAGGACAACAGUUGUACUGGAUCAGCAAGGAAUGAAGAAUAUUCAACGUAUUCUCAAGCUUAUGUUCAGCCUGACAAGACUUUAUUCGAUCUUCUAUUGGAGGAAGAUGAAUUAAACAAUAUGGAGAUCGAAGAUGACAUGAUCUCUAACGAACAAAGUGACACUCCAUCUCUGUCUGAUCUAAUAAGAGACUGCCAGUAUCAAACUAAUAAUUUCCAUUUUUCGCAAUUACUGGAUGAUUUCACGUCUGAGUGGACAUCCACUAUUACGGACAAUCCUGGUAUCGAAACGAAACGGAUGAACGAAGAGGAUGAAGAAGGGGAUGACGAAGAGGAAAAAGAAAUUUAUGAAGAGAAUGACCAAUACGAAGACGACAGUACCGAUACUUACAGUUCCGCUCAAGAACAACCCCCUGUGUCUCUGUUUAAAACCACGCAACGCCGCCCGUGGCCUUGGCAAAGGAAUCCUGUUAUCGGUAAGCAUUUCAACUCUAUCAUACAACUGACGAUCCCUACAAAUUAUUCGAUUACAGAAAAAAAGAUCCCACGUAUGACGCAUCAAGAAGAAACGUACUUGUUGCAACAAGCAAACAAGUCUGCUCUUAAAUCCGCGCCUCCUGCGAUCAGACGAUUCUACCGCAAACUGGCUGUACGAAAAUUAAAACGAGAAUAUAAUUUACCGAUACUAGAUAUCGAUAAUUUCGGAUGUAAAAGAAAAAUGCAUGACGCGCCGUUAAAAGAUAGGCAAACCGGUAGGGUUCUGGAUAGGUUUUUCGGUGACGAUUUAGGAUCGUUCGAGCAGAGAUUGCAGGGAUACAACGAACCUACAUCGGUGCACAGUCCCUACACGAACAGACUUUUAAAGCCGUUCAUAAGGAGAGACGCUUCGUGCCGUCCCUUAUGGUUGAAAGUAAUGGGAGAGCUUUGUGCCAAAAUUAAUAAAUCGAAUCCUAAAUGGAAACCGCCGGCCAUAGCGCCGAUCGAUUAUUGUUACGUGAGGCCGCAGCACAUUCCGGCAAUUAACAGCCUGUGCAGCCAGUUUUUCUGGCCUGGAAUCGACCUGACAGAAUGUCUGCAGUAUCCCGAUUUCAGCUGCGUAGUUCUCUACAAAAAGCUAGUGAUAGGUUUCGCCAUUCUAGUUCCUGACGUUGGUUACAACGAGGCUUACAUAUCGUUCUUUUUAACUCGUCCUGAGUGGCGGAGAUCUGGUAUAGGAACGUUCAUGCUCUAUCAUUUAAUUCAAACGUGUAUGGGCAAAGAUGUUACGUUGCACGUUUCGGCUACGAAUCCCGCGUUAAUUUUGUAUCAGAAAUUCGGUUUCAAAGUGGAAGAAUUCGUUCAAGACUUCUACGAUAAAUAUAUGCCACCGAAUUCGCGAGAAUGUCGGCACGCGUUGUUUUUACGACUGAGCAGAUAAUUGCAUUGAAUGAUACAUUGGUCACGUGUAGCAUGGGCGGAACAUCGUCUCAAUUAAUUUGACUCUUUCAACAGGUUCCCCGAUCCAUUGUAUAUAUCAUAUACGUAUUUAUAUCCGACAAUAAACCGUAAAACGUUAUCGUUAAACGCGAAGAAAUAAAAACAAUUUUGUUAGAAGAAAAAUUACAUGAAUCAUUCUGUAAUGAAUUAAUUCUGAGAUCCAGAUAAAUAUUUUGUUUAUAGAAACCUCUCGAUGAUUUCUACACAGCGGGAGAGCAAUCUCGAUGUAUUGCGUUUACUUUCGUUUCUAUUCGAACGAAUCUUUUAAUUAGAAAUUGCUCCGGUGAUCGAGAAUACGCAAUGCUGAAUUGUUGAUAAAUACGAUAAGAUAAAAUAAGAUACUUAUUUCUAUGUUAUUUAAUAGCUCUUCAAUUUGCGUCCUUCGGCUAUCCUUAAAUUUUACGCACACGAUGUAUACUCCACGAUAAUUCUAGAUAUGUUUUAAUCACGAUCACCGGGUACGUAAUUAUCAAUAGAACACUCAGCUACGUUCAGGCUGUAAGGAGGACCGAUACUCGUUUAGUUUUACGCGUAGAAUCGCAUGGAACGAGCCACGUAAAUUGUGAAGAAUUCGGAGAAAAUGUUGCCAACUCAUUUA